CCCUAGCGGAGGGACGCGGUGCGCGCUCCCGACAAGGGAAUGUGGUAACUAUCUUCAACAACUUGUGAGCGCCGCCUCAAGAGGGCCGUGAAGAGAGGACGAGAAAUACACUUUUUUUUUUCUCUUCAACAAGAGGAAGUGACAGUUUCUGGAAACAUAUGGAAAACAGUGUCGUUACAAAUUAAUGUCACCGUGAAUAUUAUGACCCAACAUUCAAUUGAGUCUGUAGCUACUUGCAGGACGGGACUUUGAACUUUUAUACUUUAUGUUCCCCACAAAGUGACUUCAACAUCAUGGCACCGAUGUGAUCCGCAUAGGGGCAGCGCUGGCCAUGGCGGUAAUGCCAAGUAAAAGCGCGGAGUGGCUUCAGGAGGAGUUGGAGUCCGGGGGUAACACGCUUCUUUUACUCGACUGUCGUCCUCAUGAGCGCUACGAGUCUUCUCACAUCGAGGCGGCCAUCAGCGUGACUAUCCCCAGCCUCAUGCUACGGAGGCUUCGAAAAGGCAACCUGUCCAUCCGUUCCGUCAUUCCUAAUGACGCGGACAAGGAGCGAUUCGUCAGGCGGUGCAAGGCAGACACGGUGCUGCUGUAUGAUGAGGCCACACUGGAGUGGCAGGAGGGCAGCACUACGGGCACCGUGCUGGGGCUGUUGCUGCAGAAGCUUCGGGAUGACGGCUGCAAGGCUUAUUACCUUAGAGGAGGUUAUAACAAGUUUCAUAUGAAAUAUCCAGAACAUUGUGAGUCCAGCCUGGAUAAUUCUAGCCCCAGUGAUCCUUCACCAACAUCUGUCAUAGGAUUAAGUGGAUUAAGGAUCAGUUCGGAAUGUUCUGAUGGCGAAUCUGAUCGGGACCAUAGCAGUGCCACAGAAUCUGAUGGGAGCCCAGCCCUCACAAACCAGUCAACAUUCCCAGUGCAGAUACUUCCAUAUUUAUACCUUGGAUGUGCAAAUGAUUCCACAAACUUGGAUACAUUGGCAAAAUAUAAUAUAAAAUAUAUUCUCAAUGUUACCCCUAAUCUACCAAACAAGUUUGAACACAAUGGCGACUUCAAAUACAAACAGAUUCCAAUCUCUGACCACUGGAGCCAAAAUCUUUCUCAAUUUUUUCCUGAUGCCAUAUCAUUUAUUGAGGAGGCUCGCUCAAAGAAAUGUGGGAUAUUGGUGCAUUGUUUAGCUGGAAUUAGUCGCUCGGUGACAGUCACUGUUGCCUACCUGAUGCAAAAACUGAAUUUGUCACUAAAUGAUGCCUAUGAUUUAGUGAAAAGAAAAAAAUCCAAUAUUUCUCCAAACUUCAACUUCAUGGGUCAGCUGCUAGACUUUGAGAGGACAUUGAGUUUAAAAAGCCCAUGUGACAUCCGAUCGCCAACUAACCAGCUGUACUUUAGCACGCCAACCAAUAAUAAUCUUUUCCAACUUGAUAGUUUGGAAUUAACAUGAUAAAACAAUACUAGAACAAGAGACCUGAGGUGUUUUACAUUUGUGUGACUUUGAAAUGGCACAAAAAAAGCCAUUAUAAAUGAACCGUUUGCCUGACGGCUGAUUGUUAUUUUAUAACUGAUGUCACUUUCUUUAAUUCUAGCAUAAUGGAUGAAAAAUACUUUUUUUUUUUUUUAUUGGAUACCUAUGCACUUAGCAAUAAUGGCCAACAUAAUUAUCACACAUUAAUCAUGUUUCCUUUUAGGUAAGCUAUAUUGUCACUUGUAUUUUCUUAAUUGCCUGUUUUAAUAUACAGUACGUUGAUGGCAGGAACCUUCCUCUCCUGCUGUGCGUAGGAUAUGUUUCAGAAACUGACACUGCGAUACCUACAGAAUUUAUAAACAUUUGUUAGGACUUUGGAGGGAUUAACUGUUUGUUUUCUGUAAUAAUUAAAGCACUGCAGUGAUGGGCCAAAAAUGUUCAGUUUAUAUAUGUCAUUUUGGGGUAUGGGGUCUUUUUAAGCUAAAUUAAAGGGGCAUGAUACCCAAAUGUUGAAACACUUAAAAGUGAUACAGCAUAACUGUAAAAAGCUGACUAGAAAAUAUCACCUGAACAUCUCUAUGUAAAAAAGUAUAUUUCACCUCAAAAUAUCCUAAGUAUUCACACCCCAUUGUAAAGGACUUUAAGCAGCCAAUCAGUAUGCCUAUCCCUGGACUUGCAAGGGAGCGUGCCUUGUGCACUCUCAUGUUAUUUUCCUAUUCAACUUAAGGAAGUUUACUAUGAAAUCUCACAAGAUCACAGUAAAACAAUUCAUGACUAAAGCACUGCUGAUUGGCUGCCGUUCAUUUCUUUUUUAUUUACUUGCAGCUGGACAGCAGCUGAAGUAUAACUGUUUAGACAGCACUUACUCUGGUGAGCUGAGGAAAUCGUGAGGUAAAAUAUUUUCCUUUUUUACACAGAGAUGUUCAGGUGAUAUUUUUUUGUCCGUUUUUUACAGUUAUGCUGCAUCACUUUCAAGUGAUUUAGCAUAUGAGUAUUAUAUCCCUUUAAGCUUUAUUUCAACUGAAUGUAUUUUCCCUUUUUUGUUUCCUAUGUAAAAAUCCAUAUUUGCCUUGUCUAAAGCCAAAUGAUUUAUAUUGACCAAAUGCAGUUUGCACACUUUUUGAAAGCGUUUUAAAUUGUUAUAUAAACCGAAAAAAAAUGUCUUUUUCUAUGUAACCAUGAUAGAAAUUAUAGGUUUGUAUCUUUUCAGUAUUUGUCAUGCAGCCUACUUCAUAAUUUCUUCAAGAUCAGCAUUGUAUCAAUGAGCAUUACUUUGUAUUUUUAUAGUUCAUUAUUGCUAUUCCAAUGUAUUUGAAAAUUACUUAUUGAAAAAAAGAAUUGUAUAGACAUAUGCAGCAUAUAUAUGCAAAAUCUCAAAGUUCUGUAUUUUGUAACCAUAUUUUAAACUUAAAAACCACAAAUGGUUAAAGCUAAGGGUUAAAAAUAGAUGACUUUUCUAUGUAAUUGUAGAGAAAUGCCUAGCGUGCUAAAUGAUUUCAGCACAUUUUGUCAUUUUGAAAAUGAUGUGUUAAAUAAUAUUUCAACUUUGAUUGAAAAAACAGUUUGGCAGUAAUGAUCAUUGUAAUACCUUGUAUGUGUUCAUUUGUAAUACAGACACCACAUAUUCUAA